AUGUUCUCUGAAUAUGCGAGCAAGUUUCUCGCACAGUCACAAUCCCGCAUAAGUUUCGGUGGACAGGAAGAGGCUUCCCGAAAUCCUUUGCAAAGACGACCAGCUCAAGGUACUUCUCGUUUCCAAUCUACUCGAUCAUACAUUCAGCGCCCCACUCCGGCUAGCCCUUACCAAGGCGGCGCUUCGCUAUCGCAAUUCCCCUUUGCGUCCCGGGCGAAUGCACCACUCUUCUACAGCGCUCAUGAUCAGUUUAAAGAGGAAGACGACGAAGAAGAGCACGAGAGAGAAGUAGCAGAAUACUACGCAUUGCAGCGAUCUCGAAAGCAGCUUGGUGGAAGUCGGCUUGCAGAGUCAUCGGAGGCUGAGGAUGGCGGUAGCAGAGGCUCGGGACUCGAUCGGAGUCAGGACAGCCGGAAUAUGGAUGGACGGCAAGCAGAUACCAAUGAGCCUGGUAUCAGAAGCUCUUGGAGGGGUGACAAGUCACACAACGACCUCCAAGGAGCGGCUGCAGACGAAAGCCGUCAGCGGCGAAGCAAUAGCUUGGCGCGUAUCGACAGCAAGUCGAGCAGCACAAGCAAAGGCAUCAUGGAAGACGUCGGCCUGGAAAGUGUAGCACGAAGCACCACGAAUGAAUCAGAUCACGCAGAUCCGCCAGACUAUCUGGCGCAGGAGAUUACUCCUGAUGAUGAUCUUCCUUCGAUUCAACAGUUUCGAAAACCACCAAAUGCAAGAUCCGCCUAUCUUCCUACAGAAACAGACCAAGAAGAUAUGCAGCAAAUGUCAUCACCAGACUCGGACACUUCGUCGACGCCUCCCGUUGUUUCAUACCCUGCCGAUCUUCCACCUCGCCACGACGUCUUCUGGGGUACGCUAUAUGUCAUAUCUGUUGCUGCUCUCUUCUCCAGCUUCGCCCUCGUAUGGCUGCACACAUCAGCACCGUCGCUCAAGAAGCCGCUAGGGGAUACCAUUUACUCGACAUUACAUGCUUCCUACCAUCUCCUUGCUAUCGAUACCGUGGUCGCGGUCAUCGUAUCGUUGGUAUGGCUCUCACUCCUUCGCUCAUAUGUGCGGCCACUGGUCUACACCAUUCUUGUGGCAGUGCCUAUCAUCCUCUUCUCCUUCUUUCUCUAUCCUUUGAUCUCGAGCUUUCAAGGAAGGUACCACGGCGAUAGUAUUCAGGACAAAGCGAUGCGAGGAUUCUCCUUCAUCCCUGGCAUAUUGGCUCUGUUCUGGGGUUUUGCUGUCUACAAAGGCCGUCAUUCGCUAAGCAAGGCAGUCGGCAUCCUGGAAUUCUCUUGCCGCAUUCUUGCAGUUAAUCCAGGACUUCUCAUCGUCGGCUUCGCGACUCUGAUCGGCGUCACCGUUUGGAGUUGGGUCUGGCUGGGAAUGUUCACACGCGUUUUUCUCGGCGGUCACCUCUCAGCAGGCGCUAAGCUCUAUAUCAUUGACGCUGGCACCUGGUGGCUAGGCAUCUUCUUCGUGCUCGUCUACCUCUGGACACUAGGCGUCAUGUUUGGUGUUCAGCGCGCUACCACAGCAGCAACAGUGAGUCAAUGGUAUUUCCACCGCCUCACCGCCCCCGCUCCUCGAUCAAAGGAAGUCAUCAACGCCGCCCUCAACCAUGCGACAAGUACUCUGUUCGGGACUAUCUGCCUCUCGACCCUCCUCGCUCUAGUCAUCCGCCUACCUUACCUCAUCCUCCCACGUCGUGUCCUUGCCCUAGCAGGUCUCUGCUCCUACACGGUCCUCCCCUCCACAAUCGCCACUCUUACCAACCCUCUCACCCUAACCUACAGCGCCAUCCACUCGCAACCUCUAGUCACCUCUUCUCGAGCCCUCGCCCGCCUCUCUUUCCUCGCUCCAUCAUCCAAACAUCCACAUUCAGCACAAUUCCACGCACGGAAUACGCCCACCCAGACGCCUUUGCACUCUUAUACCCUAUCCCUCCUCCUUCUCCGCGCAACCCGCUUCAUAACCUCCUUAGCUCUUGGCUUUGGCGGGUGGGUCAGCACCGCACGCUCGCUGACCCUAGCAUCUGCGAACGGAGGGACUACUAUCAAGGGAAGUCUGUAUGCCUAUGUAGUCGGUCUGAUUGCGGCAGCCAUUGGGUGGGGAGUGCUCGGAGCCAUCGAUGGGGUCGUUGCUGGGGUUGUGGAUGCAGUGGUAGUGUGCUGGGGCAGUGAAGUCGGACGCGGCCAGGGAGUGAGAUAUUGUCGCGAAGCUGACGAGUUGUUGGGGAGAGAUGAUGGUGGGGAUGAAGAGAGUAGAGGCUUUUUAGGAAGGCGGUAA